UGGUUGGCCAUCGCCGCAUUUGCCACCCCCUUCUUGCAAUCUAGUCUUCAGUCGUAAUUCUCUAAAGGAAGCAGCAACAAUGGCAACUAAGCGUGGACGUGGCGGUGCCUCUGGCAACAAGUUUCGUAUGACCCUGGGUCUUCCCGUGGGUGCUGUGAUGAACUGCGCCGACAAUUCGGGUGCCAAGAACCUUUACAUCAUCGCUGUGUGCGGUAUCAAGGGCCGUCUGAACCGUCUGCCCGCCGCCGGUGUGGGUGACAUGGUGCUGGCCACCGUCAAGAAGGGUAAGCCGGACCUCCGUAAAAAGGUCAUGCCCGCUGUGGUCAUCCGUCAGCGCAAGGCCUGGCGCCGCAAGGACGGCGUGUUCCUCUACUUCGAGGACAACGCUGGUGUGAUCGUCAACCCCAAGGGUGAAAUGAAGGGUUCGGCCAUCACGGGCCCCGUGGGCAAGGAGUGCGCCGACCUGUGGCCGCGUAUCGCCUCGAACGCCGGCUCCAUUGUCUAAGCUGAAGGAGAUCUGGUGUCUACGACGAAUGACAAUUGGGAAUUGUUGUUGCCAUUUGUAUUAGCCUACUUCUUUUUCUUUUUGCUUUUCUUGGCAGCUUUGAGUGCCGCUUCUUCUUCAGCUUUACGCCGUUCAUCUUGCGCUUUGGUCUCGUCGCGGACUUCCUUCUUAAGUUGCUUGAGCAGAUUCGUGGCUUCCUCCAGCAACGCAGGAGACACACCUUCCACUGAGUUGCCCGUAUCCACAGCACUGGACACGAGUUGUGUGCGGUAUUCCAGAGCUUGCAGCAAAGUGUCGACUGCUGUACCGUCACUGAAGACGUAGCUACGAGGAGGUGGAGGAACGUCGACUGGGGCCUUGAAGGGCAGCACACACGCCUCCAGUCGCACUUCGGCGUUCAAGCGGUCGCGUAGGGCACCGGCAGCAGUCAGCAGUUUAUCGCUGACUCCACGUCGUUGCGCCUCAGCGAGACUUGCUUCAAGACGAGCGAUACUUUUACUAUAGCGACGAGAACCUCGCUCGAUCUUCUCACAGAGAGCGUGGCAUCCAAAGAGUGUGCACUCUGCUUCAGCACUCUGAAUGAUCUGCAAUGCUACUGACAACAUAACGGGGUGAACUUGCUCUCGAGUGGCAUGUUGCAAGGCGCGUUUAAGUGGCUCAAGAAGCGACCGGAUCCCGAUGGGACGGACAGCGAGCAGAGCUUUCACUUCUUCUUGCAACGCGACGUGAGCAACGAGCUGCCAAUAAGUUUGCCGUGAAACACGCAACAGUUCGCCGUCAGCAGCUUUGAGUUGCGCAGCUUCGAGUGCUGUAUAAAGUGCUUCAGCAUCAGUUUGAGUCAAGGUAAGUGCACUCAGGAUGAUCUCCGUGCUUGGCAACGAUCGCUUCGUAGCUGUUCUCGACCUUUCCUCAGCAUUGAAGCCGUUGUUAGGAGUAGAAGCUUCUCUGGAAGCAGGCUCGAAGCCAUUCAGCGAGAGAGUCGAACUUUCGUUCAGUUGAGACUCGGAUAAAGUUCCAGGUUCGCCAUUUUCAGUUAUUACGGCGUCACCUUCGCUUGGAAACUGGUCUCCUUCGAUGUCACCGGUACCUCGCUCACUGUCGAUACCUUCAGAGCCGUUCAAGACGCUCAUUGAAGUUGCAGGACGACUAGCGAUGCUUGGAUCGAGUACAGCGAGAGUGCGGCGAAUGAGUUCGAGUUUGCUGUCCAGCACAUUACGGAGAUCUUGUUCAGCCUUCCCCAUUUCGGUGGCACAUUCCUGGCAACAACGCAUACUACGCGCUUGAACGAGUACAGUCGAUGUGGUUUCAGACUCAGUAUUCGCGUCAAUUGCUGUAGGUGGCUGAGUUGGUGUGGAGGUUGAUGAACAAGGUUUUGUGUCACAGAAGACAUUGUGGCAAUGCUGACACAAACUGGGACGACGGAGACGACUGAAGGUCUCUUUGCACCAUUCGCAAGCAGUUUGUGCCUGGAAACGAGUCAAUAAGCGACGACAUCCAGGCUCUGUAGCCAAGUCCAGGGGACGAUUUCCAUACUUGUUGCGUGGUUCCACAGCUGCAGACUGAGCAAGUAGCUGCUCAACCACUUCUCGAUGGCCUCCAGAGCAGGCUAAAUGGAGACAUCGGUUGCCAGUUGAGUCUGCAGCCUCAGGGUUAUAGCCUGCAGCAAGUAAGAUCGCUACUGUGUCUGCAUGACCCUUAUAGCACGCCCAAUGCAACGGGGUGUUGCAGUUUGUCUCCUUCAUGGCACUGGUGUAUCCAUUCGACAAUUGGUACUUUCGACUCGGUGAUGAGGUCUCGUACAUACCAUCAGCUCCAAUGUCCAGGAGAUACAGAAGCACGUCUUUGAAGCCGCUGUAAGCCGCAGCAGCCACCGGCGUCCAGCCACUUUUCGUGAUAAAUCCGACCGGCGCACCUGCACGAACGCGCUGUGUGACUGCAUUCAAGUUGCCCUCACGACAGAGUUCGAUGAGUUGCAAUCCCGCGUCAACGUCAUGAGGACUCGCGAGUUGCUGCGUUAAAGGUUCAGGUCGAAUGACGAUCUUCUCUUUCGGUUCAUCUUCGUCUUCGAGCUCUUCGUCUUCAUCCUCGUUGCGCUCAGUAUGGCCGUUGCUCGUGUGGUCACCUGCACCAAUUGAAGAAGCUGGCUCAGCCUUGUCCGAGCUGCUAUGAGCUUCACUUGGUGCCGAGCCAGCGUCACCUGACGCCGUCAUAGUGCUCAAAUGUGCACUAUAACCGCGUCGCUUUAGGAUAAAACGGCUGACAUUUUGGUCGAU